GCGCGCGCCUUCUGCCGGAGUCUGUCCCUCGCCGCGCUCCGUACCUCGGGAAACAAGAUGGCGGCCUCCAUCCUGAGCCGGGCGUGUGUGACCCUCCGGGCUCCCGUGAUCUCCGGCGUGGCCCCGAUGGGGCCCCAGUGGUACAGCACGGGCCUGCCAGUGGCCUCUGGAGCCGCUCCUGCUCGCAGAAAACAGGGAUUCCCUCAGAAAGAGUUCCGGAGAAUUAAAGAGGUCCAACAGCCACGUACAGAAAAGAUGCUUCCGGAUCAAGACUGGAGUAGUGUGUAUCCGACAGCUGCGCCCUUCAAGCCGUCCGCUGUACCCCUCCCUUUGCGGAUGGGGUAUCCUCUUCAGAGAGCUGCCCCACCAGAUAAAUAUGGGAACUUGGAGCUUCUGAAGAUCCCCAACUUUCUGCACCUGACUCCAGCGGCGAUCAAGAAGCACUGCGCGGCUCUGAAAGAGUUCUGCACGGAGUGGCCAGCAGCGCUCACCAGCGAUGAUGCAACCACCCACCACUUCCCCAUUGAGCUGCAGUCUGUGGAUUAUGUAUUUGCCGGACCGUCACUCCGCCAUCCAGAUUCCAGAGUUGUGACGUUACAGGUGAAACUCUCCAGCCUUAAUCUGGAUGAUCACGCCAGGAAGAAGUUCAUCAAACUUGUUGGCUCCCGGUACUGUGCAGAGAGUGACACCCUUACAAUCCGGACCGACAGGUGUCCACUACGGAGCCAGAAUCAGGACUACGCCAUGUAUCUGCUGACAGUCGUCUAUCACGAGUCUUGGAAAACGGAAGCCUGGGAGAGUGAGAAGGAAGAGAGCGACAUGGAGGAAUAUAUUUGGGAGGGCAGUAAAUCACAGAAGAACAUCCUAGAGACUCUGUCUAGUUUGCGCGGUGAUUCCGCCACCAGUGAAGAAAUCCUCCAGUCUCCCGAAGUCCAGGAAUACCGAGGCGCCAUGCUGACCCUGCGCAACCAAGGCGAAACCGAGGACACGAUCAGCUCCUACAAGCAGAGCGUCAAGAAACUGCUUGGGAUCGCAUAACGCGCACCGCGUUCACCACCUAACCGUUGCCGAUGUCGCAAUGUGGACUGUAACCUUUGAACUGAAACUCUUAAUGCAGACCUUGCGGAGACAAAUGCUCGCCUACAUGCCAUGUUUUUGUAUUGUCUAAUGAUAAAGAGCCCUAAUCUUA